AUGAAUCGCUUUCAACUUUGCCUCCUUUUCACUCUGCUCCUCUUCUUUGCUCCGACCAACAAUCGUGCCAUUCGAACAAGCUUCCCGAGCCCUGCACCUGCAAGAAGCCAGCAAGUUUUCAGGCCAUCUGUUAGUGCCCCUUCUACCCGCCAGGCCAGAGUCUUUGACUCUGAGAAGCGAAGGGUGCCCACAGGAUCAAACCCUUUGCACAACAAGCGAUGA